UCAUCCACCAGUCAAUUUCAAACUGUAUUCUUUAGUUUGCUUUGAAAACAACGCGAAUGUACAUGCCAAUUAUUAUGUUAGCAAAUGCAAACCGCUCGUCGUGAUGUUAAAUAUCCGGAAGAAGAAAACGCAGUCUGUUUGCAAGGAGGACCCUCUGUCUGGUGAAGAAAUAAAUGCUAAACUGACUUUGUUAUGGCAGAUAGUAACAUCGUGCUAUGGUCCGCGUGGAAGACUAAAGCAUGUUCACAACAACUUGGGGAAUCACAUCCAGACCACCUCGACAUCUGCUGUGCUUUUUAAAACUAUCCAGACCUCCGAACCGUUGCUGAAGCUACUGGUCGCUUCCUUGCAGAAUCACACACAGCGUUACAGUGACUGUGGGCUCUUUGCAGCUAUUCUCUGUCUUGGACUUGUAGAAGGCGCUAAACAACUUAUUAAUCACAACGCCGCAGAGGUGAUAUCAGUCUACAAACACAUACAGAAGCUAUGCAAUGCAUACCUCAUGGGGAACGAGUGCAAGUGUAAAAUCGCAAUUGAUUUCAGUAGCUGUCAGGAACUUCUGGUCGUAGCUCGGAGUGUUAUUACAAGCAAGCCAGCUUGUGGUCUGAAUGCUGCUGAGACACUCCAUAUCAGCACUAUGGUCACGAAGGCCUUCUUGCAAACCAUUCCGACUAGUUCCUCAGACAGUGUGCACCUGGGUAAGACAGUAAUGGUUGCUUUGGAAGGAGAGGCGGUGCAGAAAUCUGCAGUUCUUCCAGGGGUUCUCAUAGACAUGCCUGACUCUUUUCCACCAGACACGGUGGUGGAGCAAUAUGCCGCAACUCCCUGUAGAGUAGCUGUGUUCAAUGCCUCGCUGUCAGGAGACUUGUCAGAGGUCGGCGAGGCUGUCAUGGAGAUCCACCACCGUGGCUCUGAUGUAGAGGCGGGUAUCCUGGACACGCUUUUGGAGCUGGGUGAACAGAUGAGGAGAGAUGGGGUGAAGCUGUUCAUGUGCCAACGGGUGAUCCAUCCAGUCCUGCAGCAGUACCUGAGGGAACAUGGUAUUGUGGUGGUGGAGAGGUUUGGCAUUGCCCUCCUGGAUCCAAUCAUAUCCGCAACAGGUGCCCAGGCCAUGGCGACAGUUGGCACUCCAUUUCCCCCAGAGGCCUACGGACAGGUGGACACACUGCGGAGAGAGUGUUUUGGAAACAGACCAAUGCUUCACCUACUGCCCAGUGGGAGCCCUGCGGUCUGCACCAUGGUCUUGUGUCACAGGAACGAGACCGUGCUGAAUGAACUCAAGCUGACGUGUGAGAAGGCACUGCAUGUGCUGCAGCUGACCCUGAAGGAACCCUAUGCUCUGCUGGGGGGCGGCUGCACAGAAACACACCUCGCCGCCUACAUCCGCCAAACGAUUCCGAAGACUUUGGGGAUUUCAGGCACAGUGGGCUGUUCACCCUCAGACCUCCAGCUAGGGGCAGAGGCCUUCUGUCAUGCACUGGAAGCUGUAGUAACGACACUUCAGCGUAAUGUCGGACUAUCCACAAUUGACCAUAUGCCAACUGAUCAUGUGCCCUAUGCCUCAUCAUCGUCCUCAGCUGAAGAAACGAAUGCCGGCCAACCUGAGUCGUGCGGUUGUGGCCACUUCAACUCAAGACACCUUGAAUUCUGUUCAGUACCUCCAGCACACUCAGCCUUCAACAUUUCUGUGUUAGACUCCUUUCUGGCCAAAGUCAAUGCUCUGAAUGUGGCUGUGGAGAUGGCCAGUCUCCUCCUGGACAUUAAGUACAUUAUAAACGAUGUGAACUGAUUGAUGGGGAUGCUAUUCAAUCCAAUACAUCAACUUACACUGGAAAGAUUUUUCACCCAUUUGAGUAUAUCUUUACUGUUAAGGGAAGUACUGUAUUUAUUUAUUUGUGUAUUUAUUAUUGAUUGUGCUAUUUACAUGCACAAUUCAACUUUAUUCGCUUUGUAGACAGACACACAGGAACAUUCCAUGUGGGACUACGGACUAAGGACAUCAUUAAUGCACAUUUUGCACUACUUGCAAUAGCCAGACUUGCACUCACAAGAUCUGAAGAUAUAACUUGCUUUCGCAAGACACAGCAUCCUAGAUGUCCUUGUCUCUUUUAACCGAUCUCAGUUUUCAAUCAGUAAUUUUGUUCAGUUUGCAGUUGACAAUGGCUUCCAGCCCAAAAUGUCACCAAAAGGUGAGAGCCACAUUUAAUCAGUGAAAACCUGUCAAAAAAGGCAAGCGACACUACCUGUCACUGCUUGCUUUUUCCUCAUUUCAAAAAACGCUUGUUAAAUGCCCAAGCCAUUCUUUAUACCUCAGCCUCCAAAGCACAUAAAAUCUUACCAUGAAAUUUGACCAUUUUUCCAAUAUGCAUACUCCCAUCCUCGGCCUGUGCUUGUGACCUCGCGUUUCGCUCAUGCCCCGCCUCUGUGGAGAGAACAAAGGCCGUUUCCCAAUGUCUAGUGUGUGUCCUUUGAAGUGUAUCAGCCUUCGUAAUCACGGCCAGUGAUUGGAUACUCUUUGGUGAACUUUGAGGAGUAUCCAUCAAUCACUGGGUGUGACUUAUUAGGCUGACACACUUCCAAGGCUCAUACACUUGACAUUGGAAAAUAAAGAAAGUUUCCCCGCUGUCACCAUAGCCACAACUUCAUUCACCAU